AUGGCUUCCCCGCUACCGACUUUCACCCCGCGUUUGCCGGUAACAUUUCUACUUCUACACCUGGUCCUCAUCGCGCCAUUGUUCGCGGGGAAGGAUGUAACUGUGGGGAGACGGGGAGGAGAGGACGCCGGUGGAAGGAGCCGGCAGCGCGAGGGAGCAGCGGGAGCGACACUUGCGGGGGGAUGCGCGAAGCUACGCCCCAGCAGGUGCGCCUCAGAGCGGACGCGCAGAGAGGCAUGCCCCGGGGCGUGGAGCCACAGCCGCGGGUCCGAGCGAGGCGCGGGGUCAGCUUUUUCACAUUUUCAGCCACUUUUACUUUCCCCAGACACAGUACAAAGGACGUACCGCUGGCCACACCUCGCUACGGGCUGGGUGCGCGCCCCUGAACCGUGCACGACACCCGGAAGUGAUGCGCACCAGAGGGCUCGUGAGGUGAACAGGCCUCCCCGAAACGCAGCGCUCCCCCCAGGAUUCACCAAGUCACCUUUUGGCCUCUUUCCAGACGUUUCCUCUUGUUGCUCCAGCCGUGGAUUCUCACCCUCAAUCCACGCGUCAAAAUCGGAUUACAAAUGUCUAAACGUGACCCCGCUCCUGAGCUGUGCCCAUCCAGUUUUCCCCCCAACAAAACCGGUUCCAAGACAUGUGGACAGCGAAGGAAAUGCUCUUAAUUGUUUGCUUUUUGGCACGCAUAACGCUAUCGAUUUUUGCAGCAUGGCAGGGGGUGUUGAUGGCUUUUUGAAGGGGGGCAUAGGCAGAAGAGGGGGCCCAGUGGGAGAAAGGGGGGCCAGCAGAAAAGAUGAGACUGGGUGUUGGAAAAAAGCUUGCGAUGCCAGAAUUGUGGACAGAUACAGGGCCGAAGGAAGAGUACAACUCGUCUAUGGGGAUUUGAAUUUAUCUAAUUAUCCGGAUAAUGGUUUGGAAGCUGAAAAUGAGCAGAGCAGUGAGGACAGAGGAGCGGUGGCUAGUUGUUGCACGGAGGAGAGGACAGUAUGGGAGGGUGGAUGUUUAGCAGAGUUUAUGAUCCCCUGGGGAGACAUUUCACUGAGGGACAUCCCCAUCCAAUUUAGAGAAGAGAAGCCAGCUCCCAGCAUCGCAAAUGCCAUGGAUAGUCAAAGGGAAAGUGAUGAUUCGAGAUCCAAUUUAUCAGUCACGGAAGAGACGGCUCCGGAGCAAAAAACAGACAGUGACUCAGAGCUUUUCCCGGCAUCUUCGCAGCUUGAGAGAAGUGUUAAGUCAGCGCUAGCAGUGAGAUUUUCCUCUGGCGUGAGAACGAACAGAACAACAAAAGAGCAUGAAUACAAUUUGGAUCAAUUUGUGAAUCUUAAAGUUCCAAAUGCGGUAAAAUUAAACCAGCGCAAUCGUCAUCGUUGUAAUCACAGCGUUGAAAAUGGAAAAUUGGGAGACACAAAAGUCAAAUCUGAUCAACCAAUCUUUAUUUUUAGCCAGUAUAAUAUUAACAGUAAUAAUAACAACAAUGGGAAAGUAAAAUUGGAUAAACUGGCAGACGAAAACAUCCAUUCCCCAAAUAGUCAAGAUUUCAGAUUAGGACAAAAAUCUGUUCCUGUUGUCUUUUCGUGGAACCGACACAAUUCAAAUACUAACAACAACAAUGACGUAAAUGAUCAGUCCGAUUUGGAGAAGCAAGCGGUGCCGUUGGAUUCUAUAGAGAGCGUGAGGCAGCCAGAGAGGGAGCAGAUGGGAGCUACACAGCGGAGGGAGGGACAGUGCACCGAGGGGUCCACUGCUGGUGCUGAGGCUGCUGCCGGGGUGGAGGAGAAAUUACAGGUGGGGGAGGGCUGCCAGCAAAAAGCGGAAAGACGAAUAACAAAGACAGAGCGAGGGAGAGGAGGCGCGGGUCGGCACAGGGGUGACUUUAUUGCGGCGGGGAGGGCGGAGGAGGAGGAGGCGGCGGCGUCUGGGGAGAGCGAGCGGAGGCACGGUUCAAGGGGACAGCGCGGCGCGGAAGGGUCGACGGUGGAAUCACAUGAUGGAGUUUCUAAUCAUAGGGUCAGGGUACGGCGUGCGGCGAAUAAACACCCACAUUUCCAGCAAUAUAACUACCAAGUGCAAGUGGCGGAAAAUCAGCCAUCGGGGACCUCCGUGAUGGUCAUGGCGGCUUCCGACCCGGACCCCGGAGACGCAGGGAAAGUUACCUAUAGCAUGGCGCCCCUAAUGAACAGCCGGUCAUCUGACUACUUCGCCAUCCAUCAGAAUCAGGGCUUCAUUACCACGACGCAGGUUUUAGAUCGAGAACACAUGGAUUUGCACUACUUUCGUAUCACCGCGACCGAUUUUGGGAUGCCGAGGCUCUCCGGGACGACCAUGGUAGCGAUAACCGUAGCAGACCGCAAUGACCACUCUCCGAUCUUUGAGCAAAACGAAUACAGGGAGACGAUACGGGAGAAUGUAGAGGAGGGGUAUCCGAUUUUGCAGCUAAGAGCAACGGAUAAGGACUCCCCUGCAAACGCUAACAUACGAUAUCGUUUUGUGGGAGAGUCUGCAGCGAUGGCAAGAGCUGCUUUUGAAAUUGACCCACGCUCCGGGCUUAUUACAACUCGAGGCGCAGUAGACAGAGAAACAAGUGAACAUUAUACUCUUGAAGUCGAAGCAAGCGACCAAGGAAAGGAGCCCAGCCCUCUCUCCUCCACAGUCAAGGUCUAUAUUUCUGUUUUGGAUGAAAACGACAACGUUCCUCAGUUCAGUGAGAAGCGUUACGUGGUGGCGGUAAAAGAAGACGUCCGGCCACAUUCUGAAAUCCUCAAAGUCAGCGCCACAGAUCGGGACAAAGAUAGCAACGCCGCUGUUCACUAUAACAUCAUCAGCGGGAACAGUCGAGGACAGUUUUCCAUCGAUAGCGUUACAGGUGAAAUCCAAGUCGUAGCGCCUCUGGAUUACGAAUCGGAAAGGGAAUACACUUUGAGGGUCCGCGCCCAAGACAACGGACGCCCUCCCCUUUCGAACAAUACCGGGAUAGUUAGCGUGCAAGUCACAGAUGUUAACGAUAAUCCGCCUAUAUUUGUGUCGACUCCGUUCCAGGCGUCGGUGCUGGAAAGUUCCCCGAUCGGAAGUUCAAUUCUUCACAUCCAAGCCAUAGAUACGGACUCGGGAGACAACGCUAGGCUAGAGUACAGGCUUACGGGAACCAGCACGGACACACCUUUCGUUAUUAACGCCGCGACCGGUUGGGUGACUGUCAAAAGGAAUCUCGAUCGCGAAUCCGUCGAGCAUUAUUUCUUCGGAGUAGAAGCUAGAGACUACGGCAUGCCACCUCUAUCGGCGACAGCCAGCGUUACAAUUACAGUAAUGGACGUUAACGACAAUAGACCAGAAUUUUUGCAAAAAGAAUACUACGCACGGUUAAACGAAGACGCUGUGGUCGGGACGAGCGUCGUGACCGUGACGGCAGUAGAUCGCGACGUAAAUAGUGCAGUUACGUAUCAAAUCACGGGUGGUAACACAAGAAACCGUUUCGCAAUAAGCACAGCAGGUGGCGCCGGUCUGCUGUCUUUGGCCUUACCUUUGGACUACAAACAAGAAAGACGCUAUGUUUUGACGGUGACCGCUUCAGAUCGGACUUUACACGAUACUUGCCAAGUUCAUAUCAACAUCACAGACGCCAACACUCACAGACCAGUUUUCCAAAGCGCGCAUUACUCCGUUAGCGUCAAUGAAGAUCGGCCUCCUGGUAGCACGGUUGUCGUCAUCAGCGCCACGGACGAUGACGUUGGCGAGAACGCAAGGAUCACCUAUUACCUUGAGGACAAUAUACCUCAAUUCCGAAUAGACCCCGCCACAGGUGCCAUCACGCUCCAAGCCGAACUAGAUUAUGAAGAUCAAAUGACAUACACGCUUGCUAUUACGGCGAAAGACAACGGGAUCCCGCAAAAAUCUGACACUACUUACGUCGAGGUCAAUGUCAACGACGUUAAUGACAAUGCGCCUCAAUUCUUAAGUCCACGAUAUCAAGGGACAGUUACAGAGGACGCGCCGCCGUUCACGAGCGUGCUUCAGAUUUCCGCAACAGAUCGAGAUGCGCAUGCAAACGGGAGAGUCCAGUACACUUUCCAAAACGGAGAAGACGGAGACGGCGACUUCACAAUUGAACCCACUUCCGGUAUUGUCCGAACUGUGCGACGCUUGGACAGAGAAAGCGUUCCGUUUUACGAACUCACUGCGUACGCCGUAGAUCGCGGGGUCCCUCCUCAACGCACCCCUGUUCACAUCCAAGUAACUGUUCUGGACGUCAACGACAACGCUCCUGUCUUUCCCGCCGACGAUUUUGAAGUUUUGGUGAAAGAAAACAGCGCGGUCGGUUCUGUCGUUGCGCAAAUCACUGCCACGGACCCAGACGAAGGCGCAAACGCUCAAAUCAUGUACCAAAUUGUGGAAGGCAACAUCCCCGAAAUCUUUCAAAUGGAUAUUUUCUCUGGCGAGCUCACCUCCCUCAUCGACUUGGAUUACGAGACCAAAAACGAAUACGUCAUCGUCGUCCAAGCCACCUCUGCUCCUCUCGUGAGCAGAGCCACCGUUCGCAUCAAACUAGUCGACCAAAACGACAACUACCCGACUUUGCAGAACUUCCAGAUCAUCUUCAACAACUUCGUCUCGAACCGCUCCAACAGCUUUCCAACCGGAGUGAUCGGGAGAGUCCCAGCCCACGAUCCUGAUGUUUCGGACAGGCUUUUCUUCACCAUCAACACUGGGAAUGAGUUGCAUCUGCUGCAUCUGAACCAAACGAGUGGGGAGAUCCGACUGAGCAGGAAUCUGUACAACAACCGACCGCUGGUGGCUCCGAUGAUGAUCACAGUCACAGACGGAGCUCACAGCGUCUCAGCUCAGUGCAUCCUGCGCGUCCUCAUCAUCACAGAGGAAAUGUUGGGCAGCAGCGUCACGGUCCGUCUCCAUAACAUGUCCCAGGACCACUUCCUGUCUCCGCUGCUGUCCCACUUCCUGGAGGGCGUGUCCACGGUGCUGUCUGUCCCCGUGGACAACGUCUUUAUCUUCAACAUCCAGCCCGACCACGACACCUCGCCGCAGGGAAAGACCAUCCUCAACGUGUCCUUCUCAGCGGCGCUCCCUGGCGGUCGCUUCUUCCCCUCCGAGGAACUGGAGGAGAAGCUGUACCUGAACAGGCCCAGGCUCACCGCACUCACACAGAUGGAGGUCCUCCCCUUCGACGACAACGUGUGCCUGCGUGAGCCCUGUCAGAACUACAUGAAGUGCAUCUCCGUGCUGAAGUUCAACUCCUCCGCUCCCUUCAUCUCCUCCAGCUCCAUCCUGUUCAGGCCCAUCCACCCCAUCGCCGGCCUGCGCUGCCGCUGCCCCCUGGGGUUCACCGGGGACUACUGCGAGACGGAGAUCAACCUGUGCUACUCCAACCCCUGUCUGAACGGGGGAGUGUGCGCGCGCAGGGAGGGAGGCUACACCUGCAUCUGUAGAGAGGACUACACAGGUGAGCGAUGUGAGCUGGACCGUCGUCAGGGCCGCUGUGCCCCGGGCGUGUGUAGAAACGGGGGCACCUGCAGAGAGCUGUCAGGAGGGGGCUUCAGGUGUGAGUGUCCCGCCGGAGGCUACGAGAAGCCCUACUGCACCGUCACCGCACGCUCCUUCCCCCCCAAGUCCUUCGUCAUGUUCAGAGGGCUCAGGCAGAGGUUCCACCUGUCGAUAUCCCUGUCGUUUGCGACUUUGGAGAAAACAGGUCUCCUCUUCUACAACGGACGCUUCAAUGAGAAACACGACUUUAUCGCUUUGGAGAUUCAAGAUGGACAAGUGGUUUUUAUUUACUCUACCGGUGAGCUGUCGACCCAGGUGAGCCCGUUCGUUCCCGGGGGAGUGAGCGACGGAGACUGGCACACGGUCCACAUCCGAUACUACAACAAGCCGGCUUUCCGUUCUCCCCGUCGCAGUCCCAUCGGGGAGGCUCAGGGUCCCUCCGACGAGAAGAUGGCGGUGGUGAGUGUGGACGACUGUGACACGUCUCUGUCCCUGAGGUUUGGAGCUCAGUUGGGGAACUACAGCUGCGCGGCUCAGGGCAAACAGACCAGCAGCAAGAAAUCUUUAGACCUGACUGGGCCCUUAUUUCUCGGCGGCGUUCCCAAUGUUCCAGGCAACUUCCCAUUCGGAUCUCGGGAGUUCAUCGGCUGCAUGAAGGAUCUGCACAUCGACAGCAAACCCCUGGACAUGGCUAACGUCAUCGCUAACAACGGCACAAUCGCUGGUUGCAGCGCGAAGACGUCUUUUUGUAAAUCCAACCCGUGUCAGAAUGGAGGAACCUGCAGAGUGAGCUGGGAGACGUUUUUGUGUGACUGCCCCCUGGGGUUCGGAGGAAAGGACUGCAGUCACGUGAUGCCCCACCCUCACCGCUUCCUGGGCCACAGCGCCCUUUGGUGGGACCUGAAAAACGACGUGACCAUCUCCACGCCCUGGUACCUGGGGCUGGUGUUCAGGACGAGGGCCAGGGAGGGCACUCUGCUGCAGGCUCAGGCCGGGCAGUACACCAGUCUCAUCUUUCAGGUGGUGAAUGGUCAGCUGGUGUUCUCUGUGACCCGUGGGUCGACCCGUCCGGUGCGUCUGCGUCUGGACCAGGUCUCUGUGUCCGAUGGGAAAUGGCACGACCUCCAGCUGGAGCUCAGGGAGGUGCGCAGCGGCAGAGAGAACAGAGACGUGGCCACGCUCAGACUCGACUUCGGAUUAUACCAGGGUACAGUGAUUGUUGGGAACGAUAUAAAGGGUCUAAAAGUGAAGCACCUCCAUGUGGGCGGAGUCUUGGGGUCUGGUGAAGUCACCCAUGGGAUCAAAGGAUGCAUCCAGGGCGUUCGAAUGGGAGUCCGCCCAGACCCCCCCGCCCUGCCCAAACCCUCGCGCUCGGUGAAGGUGGAGUCCGGCUGCACCGUGGGGAACCCCUGCGUCUCCUCCCCUUGCCCCGCCCACUCACGCUGCAACGACCAAUGGGAGAAGUACACCUGCGACUGUGAUCCAGGAUAUUACGGUAAAGGCUGCACUGACGCCUGUCACCUGAACCCCUGUGAGAACGAAGCCAAGUGCCACCGCAAACCCACCUCCUCCCACGGGUACACCUGCGACUGUGGAGACUACCACUACGGACAAUACUGCCAACACAGGAUUGAGCAGCAGUGUCCCCGGCGCUGGUGGGGGACUCCAAACUGUGGUCCAUGUGACUGUGAUGUGGACAAAGGCUUCGACCCAGACUGCAACAAGACCAGCGGCCAGUGUCAAUGCAAGGAGUUCCACUACCAUCCCCACGGCUCAGAUUCCUGUCUCCCGUGCGACUGUUAUCCCAUUGGCUCCUUCUCCAGGUCAUGUGACCUAGAGAGCGGCCAGUGCCAGUGCAGACCCGGAGUGAUCGGACGCCAGUGCAACAGCUGCGACAACCCCUUCGCCGAAGUCACCAACAAUGGAUGUGAAGUGAUCUACGACGGCUGCCCUAAAACCAUCACCGCUGGGAUCUGGUGGCCCCGGACCAAGUUCAACCUCCCAGCGGCCGUCCCCUGCCCCAAAGGAUCCGUGGGAGCAGCCAUCAGACACUGCGAUGUGGAGAGGGGCUGGCUCGAGCCGGAUCUCUACAACUGCACCUCUCCUGCCUUUGUGGAGCUCAACACUGCUUUGGAUUCUUUGGAGAGGAACGAGACUGAGCUUAACACCAAAGUCGCCCAUCAGCUCCGGGAUGUGACAGAGUCCACCUCCCGUCUCUAUGGAAACGACCUCCUGAUUGCGGAGCGACUCUUGUCCCGCCUCCUGACCUUUGAGACGCAGCAGAGCGGGUUCGGGCUCACGGCUACUCAGGACGAACACUUCAACAAGAACAUUUUGCGAGGCUGUAGCGUGCUCUUGGGUCCGUCGGCGGCGGGACUUUGGAGAUCUCUGGCCCAGAAUCAGGCUCACGCGGCGGGCUCAGGUCCGGCUCAGCUCACCGACCUCAUGGGGCAGUACGCGCAGACGCUCGCUCAACACAUGAAGCUCACCUACCUCAAGCCCGUGGCCCUCGUCGCUCCUAAUAUCGUGAUGAACUUGGAUCGCGUGGAGAACCACACCCACGUGCGGCGCCGUUUCCCUCGGUAUCACACCAUGAUGUUCAGCGGCCAGACUCUGUGGGACCCGUACACUCACGUGGUGCUGCCCCCUGCUGCCCUGGUGCCGCAGCGCCACCACGCGCACGGCUCGAGGGAGAAGGAGCGCGCAGACAAAGAGAAAGAGAAAGAAGUGACUCCUCCAAACCCAGGCCCCGCCCCGUCUAGUGCCUCGACCAAUCAGACGCGAGAAUACAGCAGUUCUGCCCGUCGCUCUGUGUCUCUGUCCGAGCCUCCGUUCACCAUCGUGAUUCUGCUCAUCUACAAGAGUCUGGGAGCAGCUCUGCCCCCGAAGUACCACACAGACAGGAGGGCAAUCAGACUGCCCCGUCACCCCGUCAUGAACUCCCCCGUGGUCACAGUGUCCGUCUUCAAUGACCCUUCGUUCGUGACGGGGCAUCUGGAGCAGCCGGUGGUCCUGGAGUUCAGGCUGCUGGAGACGGCCAAUCGCAGCAAACCCCUGUGUGUGCAGUGGGACCACAGCGUGCAGUCGGACACAGGGGGCUUCUGGACGGUGAGGGACUGCAUGGUGGUCUACAGAAACACGUCACAUGUUCGCUGCCAGUGCCACAAACUGGGAACGUUUGGAGUACUCAUGGACAGCUCGCACCGAGAGCAGUUGGAGGGCGACUUGGAGAUCCUGGCCCUGGUCUCGUACUCGUCCCUGUCCCUGUCCAUGCUCUGCCUCCUCCUGACCGUCCUGGCCCUGAGCUGCCUGCGCCUCAAGUCCAACACCCGGAGCAUCCACUGCAACACAGCGGCCGCCAUGUUCCUCUCCGAGCUCGUCUUCCUGCUCGGGGUCAACCAGACGGAGCAGCAGUUCCUGUGCACAGUGGUGGCCAUCUUGCUCCAUUACUUCUUCAUGUCGACGUUUGCCUGGAUGUUUGUGGAGGGUCUGCACAUCUACAGGAUGCAAACUGAACAAAGAAACAUCAACUACGGAGCCAUGAGGUUCUACUACGCCAUCGGCUGGGGAGUGCCGGCCAUCAUCACAGGUCUGUCCGUGGGGCUGGACCCUGAGGGCUAUGGGAACCCGGACUUCUGUUGGGUCUCCAUCUACGACAAACUCAUCUGGAGCUUCGCCGGACCCAUCGCCAUCGUCAUCCUGAAAAAUGGAGCCAUCUUCAUGAUCGUCGCCAAGAUGUCCUGUAACUCCAGUCAGAAGGAGACCAAGAAACAGCCAGUCAUAGCUACGAUCCGCAGUUCUUUCCUGCUUCUGCUCGUGGCCUCCUCCACCUGGUUCUGUGGGCUCAUGGCCGUCAACAACAGUGUCCUGGCUUUUUACUACAUCUUCAACAUCCUCUGCCUCCUCCAGGGCGUGUCUGUGCUCCUGAUCUUCACGGUGUUUAACGCAGAGGUGCAGGAGGCCUGGAGAGCCGUGUGUUUGGGGAAGAAGGCUCCAGGAGAGGAACCAGCCCGACCGCCACAAAACACAACCCAGAACCCUUAUCACAACGCCUCUCUCCUGGAGCAGAGUGGGCUCCACCGAAUCACCCUGGGGACCUCCACCGUCUCCUCUGUCAGCUCGGCCAGAGAAAACCUUCUGGCUCGACAAACGUUGGACCAGACCAUCGGUCACACUGGAGCCACAGACCUGGACGUGGCCAUGUUUCAUCGAGAUGGAGGAGAGGAUUCGGACUCGGACUCAGACCUCUCCAUGGACGAGGACCACAGCCUGUCCAUCCCGUCCUCAGAGAGCGAUGACAACGUCCGACUGAGGGGGCGGAUCCAGAGGAGAUUCAAACGGACCAAUCAGGGAGAGAGGCUGCUCACUGAGCCCGCCCACAACGGCACCAAAGACCUGGAUGGGAACGACCUGCUCUCCUAUUGGCCGGCGCUGGAGCAGACCGACUCAGUGCAGAAGUGGGGCUCGGAGCGCCCCCUGGGGUCCGACGCCGCAAACAACAACAACAUGGAAGCGGCUUUAACCAGUGGAGACGAGAGCGCGACGCAAGGACACAGGCAUCGAAAAGGGAUCUUGAAGAACCGCCUGGGCUGCCCCCCCACCCUCCAGGGCCUGUCCUCGAUGGGGCGUGUGCCGAGCGAGCUGAACUGGUACCGGACCUCCACUCUGGGUCACCGCGGGGUCCCAGCAGCCUCCUACGGCCGCAUGUACUCCGCUACGGCCAACGCUGCUAACUCUGCGAACACCGGCUCUCUCUCCCAACCCGCCUCCCGCUACUCAUCCAGGGAGCACUUGGACUCUCUGGCUCGGAGACAGCUGUCCAGGGACCCUUUAGGACGGCAGACUGUGGGCGGGUCCCGGGACAGGCUGGACUCACGGGGGUCCAGGGACAAUCUGGAUCUGCUCCCCCGAAGACGUGAGCUCAACUUGGGCCACAACACUCUGGGAAGUCUGGGGUUGGAAAGAUCGUCCAGGGAGAAUCUGUCAGCGUCGCGUGACAGACUGGACAACCACCACGCUUCCAGAGAGGACUUGGGGGUGGAUGGGUACCUGGGCGGGUUGAAUAGGAGGCACACGGCGUCGAGGGAGCAUCUAGGGGGCGCUGUGACGAGCAGUAGGUCCAGGGAAGGGCUGGACCAGAGCAGGGAGUGGUUGAGAACGCUGCCCCCGAGACAGACUUCGCACCCGGAGCCACCCCUCUCCGCUUCACCCCCUCCUCCCAUCACAGAGGAGCAGGACCAGCCGCCACCACCAUGUGAGUACAGAGAAUAUUACACAUGA